UGUGAUCCUACAGCCUGCUGGCUCUCACGAACCCACGAUGAGGACUUUGACGGCUUCGCAAUACCAUCCAGUGCAUAAUGUUCGGAGUUACGCAUUUAGUUCUACUUUACGAGGAUUUGUUUUCACAGCAAUUUUGCUUUUCUCGGCACCUUCCACGCGAGGAUUUUCCAAUGAACGAAAGAAUGUUUUGGUUUUGAUUGGCGAUGACGCAGGCUUUGAAACCCAAGUGUACAAUAACUCAGUCUGCAAAACUCCCAACAUCAACGCACUUGCUGAACGGAGCGUCAUAUUUAGGAAUGGUUUUACCUCAGUGAGCAGUUGCUCUCCAAGCAGAUCAACCAUUUUAACAGGUAAGGAUAACUCGUUGGAGUCCCACUUAGACCCGAACAAGGUUCUCGGGACAUAUUUUUCGGGAAACCCUUGAACGAACAAAGGGAAGGCCCUGAUUACUCUCCCGAUUAGAUUUCCCGAAUUUGAUACCCUCUUGAACAAAAUAACAUCACCCUUCACUUUUGUAGCUUAGCCUCUUGAAGAAAUAAAAAAAGAAAAUACUUUUGCAAGAAUAAAAGUUUUACUCUCUUCAACGGUCCCUCCCCCUGUCCUCCAAGUGCUGUUCCCCAGAAAAUAUAACCCGUCUUUUACAGACUGAACUGCCAACCAAAGUUCAAAGCCUUAAGGACCCUUAAGGUUUACAUUAUGUGACACAUGCUCAUUUUUGGCAAGUAACCGGAAGUAGAGUCAGAUUGAGAAGAGGAUGAGAGGAGGAUGGGUACUGGUAAUUGUGAAAAAUUACUUCUAAUCUUGUUUUUUAGGCAAGAGAGAAUGAUGUUUUAGGGUAUUGUCCAUUUUCACAUUUGAAGGGUUUUAUUUCCUCUUCAGGCCUCCCUCAGCAUCAAAAUGGCAUGUAUGGCCUCCACCACACUUUUCAUCACUUUAACUCGUUUGACGCAGUGAGAAGUCUGCCUCUUCUGUUACAAAAGGAAAAUAUACGAACAGGAAUCAUCGGCAAGAAACAUGUUGGGCCUGAGACGGUGCGGAACACAACUGUAAUGAUUACAAUAAAAGAGUAUUCCCCUCGCUUUUGACACAAUAUUUAUUGAUGUCUGCUAAUAUCUUGGAAAUUAUUUAUAUUCUUACCGUUUCUAAGCAGAUUCUAGGCAUGCACGCAAGCGUGUGCUUCAUUUCGAUAUUUGGUGUUUCGGUUGCUUGAAAGAUCGGGAAUGGCGCCAAACAAGUUCCGAUAUUUUGAAGUUUAAAUAAAGUGGAAAGUAAAUUCGUAAUUGAGCGUCAAGGGUGAAUUAAGUUUGUUGGUUUUUCAAAUUCUGUAACGAUGGACAGUAGGGGUGGAUUAGGGGGGGGGGGGGGGGGAGGGAAAAUGAUGGCUUUACUGGUAACCCCAUUGUAACGUGGCACUGUUACUCUCUUUUUAGGUUUAUCCAUUUGAGUUUUCCUACACCGAACUGAACUGCAAUCUGUUGCAAUGCGGCCGUAACAUAACACACAUGAAAGACUUGGCUCGUGAAUUUUUCCAAGGAUCGCUGAGUGACCCUCGUCCAUUUUUCUUGUAUAUCGGCUUCUUUGACCCUCAUCGCUGUAACCCUUAUGGUAAAUACGGUAAGUAGGCAAAAAGAAAAAAAAGACUUCGAGGAAAAGAAAAGGCGUAUCGAAAAACGGUGUUUACAUAAUAAGAGUCCAGUUCUCACCGGCACCGUUUUGUUUCUUCCCGUUCAUAGAAACAACUAUAAGGGAUGUUAACAACGUCACAAGAUAUCAACAUUUUGAUUGUCGCAGAUAUUGGCAGAUGUUUCAUGGUAAUGGGUAUUCUUCCCAGGAAAUUGAAAGCUUAUUAGGUACAAAAAGAUAGCUUGAGCUAACACGUGAUCUUAGAAAAUGUGCUCAUAGUUUCAAAAAUCUUCGGAAAAUUUUAACCCUUCGAACUCUGCCACUAAUGCCAAAAUGGUACUCAUAUGUCAUUCUUCUAUAUUUGUGUUAAUUUGCUCGCUUUGCCUUGAUUGCAUCUCCAGGAUCCAAAAAAAAAGCGCGUUCCACCUUAAAACGAGGCUUUGAGAAGUCAAAAGAAUAACUAAAUUUGUUCUCCGUGUUGUUCGCACACUAGAAACAAAAUCGGGACUGAUGAACUUUACUACGUCCUUUUUGUUGUAGGUGAGUUCUGUGAGAAAUUUGGAAAUGGUGAGCCAGGCAUGGGUGUGAUACCAGACUGGAAGCCUUUGCACUACUCUCCUGAAGAAGUUAUUGUCCCAUACUUUAUACCAGAUACUCCCGCUGCCAGAAACGAAAUAGCCAAUCAGUACACUGGAAUAAGCCGGAUGGAUCAGGGUAUUGGACUAAUUUUAGAUGAACUUCGGCAAGCGGGAUUUGAGGAAAAUACGCUCGUUAUAUUCAGUUCUGAUAAUGGUAUCCCGUUUCCUGGCGCCAAGACCAAUCUGUAUAAUCCAGGUACGUAAAUGACAGCAAACGUUUCUUUUACAUCGCACGUUUUCUCCCUUUAGCCGAGGUUUAAUUUUGGUUCCUUCUGUGCGUAAUUCAGAAUUUGAAAUUGUAAUUUUUUUAAAUUAAUCAUGUUAUUAAAAACUCAUCGCUACCGACUGAAUUUGGUGCAAAGUUUGUUUGUAGAACAACGGGGUUUCUAAAAUGGUUCUAAUUAUUGUAAUCUCACAAAAGGGUUCCCUUAAUUUAGCUUUUCAAUAAACCAGUGGGGCUUUUUCUUUUCAACCAUUAGGCAUGGCUGAGCCCUACCUGGUAUCAUCCCCGUACGUCACUAAACGCUGGGGUCAAAUUAGCGAUGCAUCAGUGAGCCUUUUGGAUAUAGUACCAACCAUCUUAGAUUGGUUUAGCAUCGAUUAUCCUUCUUACAAAUUAUUUGGAACACAUGAUGUACAGCUGACUGGGAAGUCUGUUCUUCCGGUGUUGAAAGAAGAACCAGUUUCUGGAUGGGACACUGUAUUUGCCAGCCACGAUUUGCAUGAAGUCACAAUGUACUAUCCAAUGAGGGUGAUGCAGAAAAAUAAUCUCAAACUGAUUCACAACUUAUGGUACAAGAUGCCCUAUCCCAUUGCCCUGGAUAUUUUUACCUCAUUUACAUUCAUGGAUAUUUUGGAACGGACCAAGAAUGGUACAGAGACGGGCUGGAUUCAUACCUUGAAACAGUACUAUUACCGAUCGCAGUGGGAGCUGUAUGACCUCAAGUCUGACCCUAAAGAGCUGAAAAACCUAAUUAACAAUCCGGCUUAUCAGGCUGAAGUGAAAGAGUUGCGUGAGGAGUUGUUGACAUGGCAACGUACUACUGAUGACCCAUGGCUCUGCUCUCCCGGGGGGGUCAAAGUGGGGAGCUUGUGUAUCUCAAUGGACAAUGAUGCCUGA